GGAUAAAUUCUCUCUCGUGGAUGACAGGACCGAAUCUCUGCUUUCCCAGAGGUGCACACAGCUGAGGCCAUGGCAUUUGACGGCAGCUGGAAAGUAGACCGCAGUGACAACUAUGAAAAGUUCAUGGAGAAAAUGGGCAUUAAUGUGGUGAAGAGGAAGCUUGCGACGCACGACAACUUGAAACUGACCAUCCAACAAGAAGGGAACAAAUUCACAGUCAAUGAGUCCAGCACCUUCCGCACCAUCAACAUUGUGUUUGAACUUGGUGUCAACUUUUCUUAUACUCUAGCAGAUGGAACAGAACUCAAUGGGACCUGGAACCUUGAGGGAAAUAAUAGACUUAUUGGAAAAUUCACACGAGUAGACAAUGGAAAGGAGCUGGUUGCUGUCCGAGAAGUUUCUGGUAAUGAACUAAUCCAGACCUACACAUAUGAAGGAGUCGAGGCCAAGCGGUUCUUUAAGAAGGAAUGAGCAAGCUUCUUGGAGCCCAGAGCAGCACUGAAGAGCUGAACUGUGGUCAGACUUCUCUCUCCAUUGUGUUAAUGAAAGACAGAUUCAUCCUUUCAUGAACAUUGGCAAAUUUCUAGUCUUGCCAAUGCCUAAAAUGUAACAGCGAAUUAGAACUUCGU